GUCAAGAUAUAAAAAUUCCAAAACAAAAUUAAUUAUAAAAAUUGUUAAGCUUUGAAGUUUCAACUCAUCAAUUAGAAUUUAUGUACUUAUGCUACACACAAUAGAAUGCUUGGAGAAUUGAGAGAAUUAGAACCAUGAUGAAUCAAUUUGGUAUUACCCUUUUGAUUCUCUCUACCUUAUUCUUCCAUAUUAGAGCUCAAUCACCAACACAAACUACAAAUUCACAAGAUGCUGUUUCAAAUUUCCAACCAAGUCUUGUUGUUGUCAUAGCAAUCCUAGGUCUCAUGUUUUCCUUAACAUUCAUUCUUCUUAUUUUUGCCAAAGUAUGUCACCGUAGACAAUUACUUCCUAUAAGUGAUGAUCCAAAUAAUCAAUUAGCAACACUUAUGAGAUCAAGAUCAAGAUUUUCAGGAAUUGACAAAACAGCUAUUGAAUCACUUCCUUUUUUCAAAUUCUCUUCUCUCAAAGGUUCAAAACAAGGGUUGGAAUGUUCAAUAUGUUUGUCGAAAUUCGAAGACAUAGAAAUUUUAAGAUUGUUACCAAAAUGUAAACAUGCUUUUCAUAUUGAUUGUAUUGAUCAUUGGCUUGAGAAACACUCAAGUUGUCCUAUUUGCAGACAUAAAGUCAACAUUGAAGAUCAAACAACCUUUGCUUAUUCAAAUAGUUUAAGGAUGUUGGUAAGUGAAGAAUCAAACAUAGAGAUCUUUGUUGAAAGAGAAGAAGAUAAUAAUCAACAUGGUUCAUCAAGGUUUAGUAUUGGAAGCAGCUUUAGGAAAAUUGGAAAAGCUACUACUAUAUUUAAGGAAGAAGAAAAAGGUAUUAUUUCAAAGGAAGAAGAAUUGCUUAUAGAAAAAAGUGAUUCUAACAAUAAAGCUUAUCAUAAGCAUAAUCACAAGAUUACUAUAUCUGAUGUUGUGUUUAAGCAUAGAUGGAGCAAUGUUAGUUCUUCUGAUCUUAUGUUUUUGAAUUCAGAAAUGAUUAAUGCUUCAUCAAGUAACAGGUUCAAUAACAUGGAAUCAAAAUUUCAAGAUUAUGAUGGUGAGAAAAGAUCGGUGUCCGAAAUCACUGGUGUUUCUAGAUUUAAAGAUUUUGACAUGAAGAAAAGGGUGUUUGAAGAUUCUUCUUUUGUCGAAAAUAAUCUUAAAGAGGAAAGAAGGAGGAAGCUUUGGUUUCCAAUUGCAAGAAGAACAGCUGAAUGGUUUGUGAAUAGAGAAAAAAGAUCUCAACAAUCUCAGAAUAAACAACAAUCAUUUGUUGAUGUAUAGUCCAUUUUCACUUUCUUUAGGUACUUACUUUUAGGCUUAUCCUCGAGGCUCACCAGGGUCAGAGAAAGUUCAUGCUUACGGAGGUAAUUACACAUUUUUCUACAAACGAGGUUCUCACAUUGACAUCGGGAUUAAAACUCAUUUCAUUGUAAGAUUUGAGUUGAAUUCUUAUCGACUGAACCAACUUUCUAGGUAUGAGGUAAGAUUGCGUACAUCUAUCCUUCUCAGACUCCAUGCGGUAGGAGCCUUGGACACUCGAGCGCAGUUUAAGUAUACAGUUAAAAAAAUUAUGUACACAUUUAUUGUAUUUGUUUCACUUUUAAUUUGUUUCAUUAAUUCUUAUGAUCUCCAUAGAAACUUUGUUAGUCAUUCCAUGAUAGGAAAAGAAAAGAAAAGAACAGAAACAUUUGUAAACUUAAAUUGGAUUAGUUAAUUUUGUUUUUCAAUUCAUAA